AUGCCCGCCUAUUCGCUUUUCAUCUUCGAAGAUGACCUCAAGCGCACCAGGUUUCUGUCACAUCAACACUUGUCCUGUUCCUCGACAGACACCGCCGCCGUUUUCCUUCGGAAUAGUCAACGUGUUAUUCCAGCUCGGACACGGUCGCAGGCCGGUAUUUGGGAGUUUUACCAAAUGACGGACCCCGAUGCCCCCAUCGUGCCGAAAGCAGAGGCCUGGAAAUUCGUCAAUGAUCAUUUCAAACAAAUCCCGAGUAGUUUUUUCGAUCAGUCGGACGACUAUUUCCUGCUUGCUCACAGCGAGAAUGUGGAAGAUAUAAUUCUCGGAGAGAGUGCUGUCAGUACUAUGGUUUGUGCCAUCUUUGGGCGCAAUGAUGUGGUCAACAAGGCCAAGACACGCAAGGCUCCUUCGACGAGUACACAGGCGCACGAGAUGCGGCGCCAGCAAACGUCCAGGAACGUUGAUGCUCUCUAUAAUGGGAGACCGAUCUCUCUUUCGCCGACCCCUAUCUUAAUCUACCACCCUGUCUUCUCCCAAUUCGCCCGCGACAUGUCGGACACCUCCGCGCUUACCCAGGAAGAGGUGGAGACCGCUUACGACUUCAUAGCCAUAUCGUCUGAAUUCUACGAGAAUGAAGUCGAGCGUCAGGAGAAGUUGGAAGAAGUUGUGGCGUCGAUAUUUUUCGGUUGCGGAGUCAUCUCUCAGGAAACGACCUUUCCUGUAGCCUUGCGUCUUAUCAUGGAAUACAGGACUGAGGUUGGAGAGGGCAGAUGCGAUCCUUUGUGGCAGGCAGGAUGCGCAUUCAGGGCAUUGGUUUCAACAGACAAGUACGCUUCCAUUCGCGCCGUCUCUUGCUGCCCAGCGUUCCUCCUCGCUAUCGCCGGACCAUACUUCGUCAUUGAGGGAGCAAUCCUCGCAGACCGAUUCAUGGCGCAGCACCUGACCGACUUUAUCUACCUUGGCGCUAGCGACUUGCAUGGCAACCUCGACAACUCUAUCGUUCGUGUCGCGUGCAUCUUUCGCGCUCUGCGGAAAGCACUGCUAUCUCUUGAGAAGUACUAUAGGGACCUUCCCGCUCCAGAAACAAAGCCAGCCGGUUCAUCACAGCCCUCUUCUUCCCGUGCGUCGAUGCGAAACCAGUCCCUCGUCCCCUCGACCUCAACAUCACGACAAGAAAUGUCCUUCGGCUUCGUUAUGCCGUCCUUUUUUGGCCCAGCUUUCACAGAGUUCAAGAUGGAUGGAAGGACAUAUAAGCUCAUGUAUACGGCGCGUCUCCUCCCUGAAUAUACCAGCAAGGCGAUUUUCAAGGCGACUUGCAUCGAUGACACCGAAGUUCACCACCCCGUCGCCGUCAAGUUUGCGCGCACAUACUCGAAAGAGGCGCACGAGUGCCUUGCGAAUCGGGUGAGGCCCCUCGCACCCAAGCUGUGGUAUUGCCAGUGUAUUCCUGAACUCGGAGAUUGGUGGGCGAUUGUGAUGGAUUAUGUUGAAGAGUGCUCCAUGGAGACGAGGAAGGUGGAUAGAGAACAAGUGAAGAGAGACGUGCGGGACGCUGUGGAUGCGCUGAACGGUAAAAACCUUGUGCAUGGUGACAUUCGACGGGCGAAUAUUUUGAUCAUGGAGGACAAGGCCAUGGUUGUGGACUUUGACUGGGCGGGAACGGAGGGCCAGGUGACGUACCCGGCGAGCAGGAACAAGGAGAUCAAGUGGCCGGAGGAUGCUACUGUCCUGGGAUCGAUCAUGCAUGAGCAUGACCUUGAUAUGUUGAAGAAAUUUGAGGACGAGAUGGACAGCGAGCAGUAG